CGGGAACUGGAGCUAGGCUUGUCAGUCGAGCGCUGGGGGUGGUAUCAACAACCCAGCCUCCAGGACCGCCCACACCAGCCACAUGAUUCUCCUCUUGCGAUUCUGUCGCCAAAGACUUGAGCUUGGGACUUGACGAACCUUGACUGGCGGCGUGUGAAUAGCGACCGCCGCUUGGAAUCUACACCACUUACUUUUCGUUCCCAGAGGAACGCACGCAGAGCGCAUUGACAUUGAGCAUCCUGCACCCUGCACCCUGCACCUGCGCCGAGUGUAAACCCCGUCCCGCAUCCCGCGCCCUGUGCCGGCAGCGCAAUGACCGAUCGCCCCGCCGUCCAUGUCGCCGCCGUAUGAGUCGUCCCGCCGCCGCGGGGUAUGGAGCCACUGGGUGCCGCUCGUGCUGACCCUGACGGUUGCGACCGUCGGCGUCGCCGCCUGGAUCUGGAGCCAGCGCGAGGACGAGGACCACGAGGACGCCGAGCAGCCCGGCGCCUACCAAGAUCUUGACUACGAGAAUGCCGACUACGGCGACAAUCCCCCCUACGGCGCAAGCAGAGACGGCGGACAACCCCCCCGCGCGGGCGACGCCGGCUAUGGCGCAACGCAGCCGCCCGCGGACUCCUCGAGCUCCGGCUGGGCGGCACUGCGGCGCACCCCGAGCCCGCAGCAAUUUUUUGACAGCGCGAAGCGCACCGUUGCCGCCGGCAUGACCGCUGCGGGCGCGGCUGUGGGGAGCGCCCUGGCGGCGAUUAGGGAAGAGGACCAAACCGCAUAUGCCGACCACGAGACAUGGUCCGAAGAGGCGGAUGCCAAGAAGGACCGGGCUGUUCCCGGACCCUCGCAGAGCAAGGAUGCCAGCAAGCGCCGCAAGAAGGUUGCCAUCGUCGUCUCGGCGGACAUCCGCCUGGACGAUGUCGAUGCCGACGGUUUCCACGAGCAUGCUUCCAUCCUCUCCCACAUCCCCCGUCAACUCGACUUCUCCAAGGUCAAGCUAUACGUGCUGAUCUAUGCGCCCUACCUGAAGGACGCGGCGCUGGACGCCACUAGCAAUCUCCCGCCUCCGUCGCUGAGCUCGUCGUUUUCGAACAUUGACCAUACCCAGGCCCAGAUCACGGAGGAAGCGCGGAGCCCCCUAGCUGGCGCAUCGUCCGCAGACCCGGCGUACAACGCCAUCUACGCCCAGGCCAAGGCGCUCGUCGAGAAAGAGAGCAUGAUCCUCACCUUCACGACGCCCAACGGCCACGCACACAUCCUGCGCCACAUCCAGCCCGAGAUCAUCUACCUGCAGGAGUCGCUCUCCGGCGACAACGGCAGCGUGGUGACGAACCUGCAAAGCUGGCUACGGCACGACGUGAUUCUGGUGGUUGGGGCCGAGAGCGGCCACGGUGGACUAGCGGACAGCGAAUCGGAAGCCGAGAAGCCAGGCAAGGAGAAGGAGCUGUGGUGGCACAGAGAGGACCGCGUGGGCAGAGGGCGCGGUGUGGUGGUGGUGGACGGCGCGAGGGUGCAAGACGACUGGGCACGGAGGGUGCUGGGCAAGGAGUAGUGGUUGGUCAACGGAUGGAAGCUAGGUACGACGCGAAGAUUACGACUGUAUUCUGGUGAUGAUUUGAGAUGGAUAGGUCCCUCAUGUACCUCCUAUUUUCUGUUUUCUGCCACAGGUAGUAGUAUAGUGGUCUGGGUAGGAGAAACCGAGUUUGACCGCGAGUCGAGCGUGCGUCGAGGUUCCAUAAGGGUCGCGGGCUUGGGCUGACACGCUCAAAAUAUUCUCUCACUUCCAUUCACCUUUAGGUACUCCAGGUACGGCAGGUAGUCGCCCACGGGGAUGAUGGCCAGUGAGGCAGCUAACGUUACUCCGUACGGAAUAUACGGUGCGAUAUCCUAACGUGACCGAGCACUGCGUCAUAUGAGCCGCUGCUUGUG